GCCUCCUAAAAGAAGACAGCUCACAUUUGCCUGCCUGCUACCGGCUUAUUAUCUUUCUCUUGACCACUCAGACGCUCAGUCUUCCUGCUAUUGCCUUCCAGCAUCAUGGAGAAAGUCCAAUACCUCACUCGCUCUGCUAUCAGGAGAGCCUCAACUAUUGAAAUGCCUCAGCAAGCACGGCAAAAUCUCCAGAAUCUUUUUAUCAAUUUCUGUCUCAUCUUGAUCUGUCUCCUGCUGAUCUGCAUCAUUGUGAUGCUUCUAUGAAGUGCGGCUGCCACCUCCGGAUCUGUGACAUGCCAGCUCAGCUUCAAACCUAGCACCUCCUCAUGGGGGGGAAACACAGCCUGCUCCCUGCCUAGAAUGUCUUUGUGAAGGUCAAGAUGAGGGGUAAAACUAACCCUUAGCCAAUGUAUUCAUCUGGAUCUUGUAAACAAACUUUACAAUGACUAAGUGUGCAUAAUGAAGCUGCCAAUUUCCUCAAAAUGGCUCAUAAAUUUCUCUCCUGAUUAUUUCUGACAAUGAAGUAUGAGUUUUCAUUUAGAAACAGCACUGCCGAAAGUUCACUUUCUGCAUCCAGCACUAGCUUUACUGCUAAGCAGCUCACUUUAUAGCUCAAUCUUGGGGAUAAAUGAAAUUUAUACUGCAUUGCCAACACUUUUUUUUAAUACAGGAACUAAGUAUUCUUCAGGUCUUCACAAAAUAGAAAAACAAUAAUUUAAAUGAAGUGUUCAAAGUAGUUCACUGGGUCCUCACAUGUAUGACUACUGUUAUUAUUAUAUUAUUAUCAGAAGUCUUGAUAAUUACUCUGUCAGAAUAAAUACCUUAAAAUAAA